GUCCCGGCGUCGCCCCGCCCCCUCGCGGCGCUCCUCGGCCGCCAUUUCGCGGCGGCAUGGCGGCGUUGGCCUCCUCGGCGGGCCUCUCCGAGACCGACAUCGAGCGGGAGCCCGCGGCCGCGGCGCAGAAGCUGACAGCAGCCUUAGAACAAAAGCCAGAUGAUGCAGAGUAUUACUGUCAACGAGCUUAUGCUUACAUUCUUCUACAGAAUUAUCAUGAUGCUAUUGCUGAUUCAAAGAAGGCAUUAGCACUUGAUCCUAAUAAUGCUGUAGCCUUUCUCAGGCAAGGAAUAGGUGAAUAUUAUAUGAAAAAUUAUGCUUCUGCCCUGAAGUCUUUCAAUGAGGGACAAAAACUGGAUAGUGGUGACUCAACCUUUCCUGUCUGGAUUAAAAGAUGUGAAGAAGCCCUCAGUGCGGCAGAAUCACCAGCUGAAACGUCAUGGCCAUCUAAGAUCAAGUAUGACUGGUACCAAACAGAUUCUCACGUUAUUGUAACUAUUAUGAUCAAACACGCAAAGCAAGAUGACGUAAACAUAACGUUCUCGGAGAAAGAGCUAAAAGCAUCACUGAGGCUUUCCUCGGAGGAAAACUACAACCUGAAGCUUCCUCUUCUUCACUCCAUAGUUCCAGAACAAAGUUUAUUUAGAAUUCUUUCAACCAAGAUUGAGAUAAAAAUGAAGAAACCAGAAGCUAUACGAUGGGAGAAAUUAGAAGGACAUGACAGUUCUCCUAAUCUAAAAAAAGAUGUACCAGUUUCAAAUCCCAUGCUUCUCUAUCCAUCAUCUUCCCACUAUACAAAGAAUUGGGAUAAAUUAGUGGUUGAAAUCAAAGAAGAAGAGAAGUAUGAAAAAUUGGAGGGUGAUGCAGCUUUGAACAAACUUUUCCAACAAAUUUAUUCGGAUGGUACAGAUGAAGUGAAACGUGCCAUGAACAAAUCUUUUAUGGAAUCGGGUGGGACGGUGUUGAGCACAAACUGGUCUGAUGUGGGUAAAAGAAAAGUAGAAGUGAAUCCUCCAGAUGACAUGGAAUGGAACAAGUUCUAGCGUCCUCCUGAGCCACUCUGUGGCCCAUGUUCAUGUAAUCCUAUUGUAUGUGGACACAGCAGCCUUGAAGGUGAAGCACUGAGUGUUGGUUCAGAAGAUUAUUCCUGUUUUCAUACCUUUACCUACUAUAGGAAGACCUCUUCAUGGAGAUUUGAGAGGCAUAAUCAGGAAUCAGAAUCUCUUCUUGCUGCUGUACGUGAAAGUGUUUUUGAGAAGGGUUUGAACCUCGUCAUUGGCUUGCUUGGUUACAUAUUUGGAGAGUUAGGAAAGCCUUUAAUUGGACUAUUUAGGAUUAUUGCCUUAUUAAAACACUCAAUCCCUUUAAAUAAUUUAUUUGCUCUGGUGAUACUGGAGUAAACUCACUUUUUGGCUAUAGUGUUAAGAUGGUUUGAUGCUUAAUUUUGCUUACAAAUAAAACUGUAAAUAUAUAACUUUUA